AUGAAGCCGAGUGUGGGACUCUUCCAGGUUGCCAAGGACGUGACGAAGGAUCUCAGCGAUUCGGCGUUCUUCUACCAACUUCCAGUUACGCUUCAACGUUUCUUCGAGCGCUAUCCGCCUGUACCAUUCAAGCAGUAUGCCACCAAGCCUACGCUGACGACCGCUGAGGAUGCCAAUCCGUUCUUGCCAAACAAGCACCCAGUAACGCAGAAGUACCAUGAUCCCAAGUACUCGCUGCGUCGUCAGUCGGAUCUCUGGAAGCUUGCGUACAGAUAUGGCGUGCAAGACUGUCUCCCACAGUUGCAGGGCGACAAGAAGUUCUACGAGGAGAAGUACGAGGCCAAUGAGUACCUGAAGGGCACACUGAGACCAAAGGGACGCAGAUACGAGAAGAACGUGACUGAAAGAAGGGCAAAGGUUGUAGAGGCGUUGGCGAAGGCUGACGAAAAGAUUCUCUCGGUGAAGGGUAACAAGUACAAGAGAUUACUCGAGAGAAGAGAGAAGAAGAAACAGACCUGGAUUUGAUGGCUACAUAGGGUGCGGGAUGGAAACCAUGUAUAUAUUAUAAGUGCAGCAAGUGUGCUAGAUUCCACAGUAUCGAGUGUAGCUUGUAUGCUUGGUCUUGGAU